AUGCACCUACAAGCCAUAUUCAUCACAAUACACCUUUCCAUUGCGCUGGUAUUGGCCGCAGUGCUUCCGCAGCAUGCUGCCGCACCCAAGACAGAGCUUGCCAAAUCACUACCACGCAUUAUCGGCGGGCAUCCAGUACCGGAUAGCCGCUUCAACUUUGUGGCCCGCAUUACAGUCGACAGUCCCGGGUCGGAGAGCCUGUGCUCGGGAUCGCUGAUUGCACCAACUGUCAUCCUGACUGCAGCGCAUUGCCUGAUAGAUGAAAGCGGAAUGCCUGCAACUGGGGUCAUGCGUGCGACAUUCGGAUAUUCACACACAUCGCCUGGCGAGUCGUUUUAUAUCCAGAAAGUAUACAUUCACCCACAGUACGAUGCUGGCGUGAGAGUCAAUGACAUCGGGCUGGUUAUUCUGAACCAAGGUGUGCCCUCUGGUUUGGCCGCACCAGCCAAGAUCUACACUGGCGGGUACAACGAAAGUACAGUGUUCACCGUCGCUGGAUAUGGGCUGACAAAAGAUAGCGCUGGUCCGCCGUCAGAUACGUUGCUUCAGACUGAUCUAGCGGUGGGGGAUAAGCCGUUUUGCGAGCAUUCAUAUCCGCCAUGGAACAUCUCAAGCCAGAUUUGCCUUGCGCACAAUAACGGGCGCGAUGCUUGCGAGGGAGACUCGGGCGGUCCAGCGGCGGUCCACGAUAUCAAUGGAAACAUAAUGGUCUUGGGGGUCACAUCAUUUGGCGCAGGUGUGGCUUCGGGCAAAGCUGCAGGAUACUAUACUGACGCUUCAAAAUAUACAGACUGGGUCAGCCAGUCGGCCAGAGGCGAAUAUCUGCGUCCGUACGGCGGCAAUGCAGAGAACGACUAUCUCAGCGAGUUUGUCAAAAGCAUAAGCGUAUCUGGCAUAAACUACAUCAAUGAGGAUGGCGAGCAUCCUGGGUCGGGAGUAGAAACAAGGACAGCUACAAGAUCAUCAGGAUGCGAUUCGGUCAAGCGCCCCAAUACGCAUUUCUUGGUGGUUGCCAUAUCACUGCUUGCGUUUGGUGUAUGUUAGAGCUGGAAUACAUAUUAUCCUCCGCUCCCACCGAGCCCAGUCAAUUGCUGCAUGUGAGCCAGCCACUAAGCCAAGCGAUAUGCAGGUGGUAGAGCAAUACGAAGAUUACCCUACUCAAUGGCGAUCAGCACUCGGCACAAUCAUUCCGCUGUCUGUUAGGCCAAUGUAGGGCGCGGACUGCCGGCUGCCACAAGCGGCUGCUAGUUACAGUAGCAUUUGACAGGAGUCAAGCACACAAUUCCCGAAUACCGCUCGCACUAUAGGCGCCAUUUCCGAAAAACACAUGCCUCGGUGAUCGUUUGAUUACAGCUAAUCAGGAAAUCAUCAAUGUCCAGGCAGUGAUUGAUAUCAGGCGUGUGGUCAGCUCCGC